AUGUCAAAACCCAAUAUUGAUGGUUGCUCAUCCGUUGCUGUUCUUACUUCAUUUAUUUUAAAACAAUAUUUAUUUAAGUCCCGAUUAUCUUCUGUUGAGCGAAAAGCAAAUAAAUUCAAAUGUUUAAAAAUUUUAGAUGCCCUACGGAUUUCAGAGCAAAACAAUACAAAAUUAAUUCGCCAAUCAUAUAAUUUACAAAAUCAUUACUUCAAAUUGUUUAACGAUAAAAAUGAUAUCGCUCCAGAUUUAAACUUGACAGAUGAGGAACAUGAGGAAAUGAAAAAAUUGCUUAACAAUGCCAAACAAAUUUCUAAUGAUAUUAAGCAAUUUGAAAUUGAAGAAAUCCUACAAGGAAGUGAGCCUGGAAAAAUAUAA